AUGCCGUCGAUCCUUUCUGACGCCGACAAGGAGGCGGUCAAGCGCGCCGUGCCCCGAAAGUCAAACAAGAUCCAGGCCGUCGCCGUCGCCCGCCUCUACGUCGCAUAUCCCAACCGCUCACAGUGGACCUACACCGGCCUGCAGGGCGCCGUCGUGCUGGCCAACGACCUCGUCGGCUGCACAUAUUGGCUGAAGCUGGUGGACAUCUCGUCCGGCGGUAACGGCCUCGUCAUAUGGGACCAGGAAAUCUACGACACAUGGACCUACAACCAGGAUCGCGUCUUCUUCCACACCUUCGAGCUCGAAGACUGCCUGGCCGGACUCAGCUUCGCCGACGAGAAAGAGGCGAAACAGUUCAAGAAGAAGGUUGACGAGCGCGAAAGGAACGCCGACAAGAAGACCAGGGCAAAGCCCUUCGACGGCGUUCCCCCGAGCAACGCGGGCCACAAGCACCAUGGCAUCCUGGGCGGCAUCUUCGGCGGCCACCGCCACCACCACUCUACGUCGUUGUCGCCCCCCGAGUCCCCGCGCAACAGCAUGCCCCCGCCUCCCACCAACCACGCGAGGACGUCGUCAGGCAGCCUCAACGGCACCGUUAUCCACGACGCUCCCCAGUCCGAGUUCGCCAUCCUCGACGCCUUCGACCCGCAGUGGCGGGAGCACUUUGGCGACGACCUCAAGGAGAAGGGGCUCAACGACGAGUUCAUCGUGGCGAACCAGGACUUCAUUGUCGAGUUCCUUAAACAGGAGCAGCAAGCAAGCCACCAGCAUGCCCGACAGGCGCCGCCUCCGCCGCCACCAGCCGCCCCGGCACCGUCGCGUGACAGAGCACCCAGCGUGAGGGCUCCUCCUCCACCACCUCCUCCGCCCCUGUCUACGUCGCACUCGCCCCAUGCGCCACCCGCACCUCCUCCGCCACGACGCGGCGCCGCCCCAGCUCCGCCCGCACCGAGGCGGUCGGCUGCCAAGCUAGACUCGCCAACAGUACAUCGGGAGUCUCCUUCACCCAGGGAAGCCUCGCCACCGUCGCCUCCCCGGCCGAGGUUUGCUGCUCCUCCGCCGCUUCCCGACGCUGGGAAGUAUGCCAGGAUGGACCCUCCUUCCCACCAACGGCCCGUCCCCGCCGCCCCAGGCCCUGCGCCCCCGCCGCGCCCUCCAAAGACCCCGAUGGACGAGGCCGACGGCUCGCCGAGCUCGCACAGGUUCGGUGUUCCUCCGCCCUUCAACAGGAGCGUUCCUCCGCCGCCCGCGCCCCCGAGCCGAGGUCCCGUCCCCCCUCCGCCCCCGUCGCGCGAACCGGUGAGCUACCAGACACACCCCGUGCCGCCGCCUCCCGCCCCGCCCCUUCCUCCGCCGCCGCCGUCCAAGGGUCCUGCUCCGCCCACGGCGCCUCCCCUGCCUCCACCGAGCUCGCGCCCCGUGCCUCCACCUCCUGCUCCGCCUCCUGUGCUUUCCUCCAGGACCCCGGCAUCGCCGCCGCAGGCGCCACCAUUGCCAUCCUCCAAGGCGCCACCCGCGCCGCCCCCUCCACCACCAGGAAUGCCCCCGGCGCCCGGUGGCGCUGCUCCGCCGCCGCCUCCACCUCCUCCGCCGCCACCUGGCGGUCUGGGUGGCGCCCCGCCGCCGCCCGCCCCGCCGCCGCCUCCUCCAGGAGGGCUGGGAGGCGUCCCACCCCCGCCGCCUCCGGGCCCGCCGCCUGCGCCCAGCCGCGACUCUGGAUACUCCUCGGGCGCCCCGGCGCUCCCUGCCGCGGGCGGCGACCCCUCGCGGGCGGGCCUGCUCGCGGGCAUCCAGAAGGCCGGCGGCAUCGGGUCGCUCAAGAAGGUUGACAGGACCGAGAUCCGCGACCGGAGCAGCGUCCAGGUCGGAGGGAGCUCCGACAACGGCCCGCACGGCAGCGGCAUGCCCCCCGCCGGCGCCGCCAUGGCCGGUGCCGGCGCCGGUGGCAUGGCCGACGCGCUGGCCGCCGCGCUGCAGAAGCGCAAGGAGAAAGUCAGCAGGAGUGACGACGAGGACGACGACGACGAUUGGUAG